AUGGGAGGCGGCCCGUUAUUCCCUGAGCGGCCACGCGUGGCCUUGACACGAGAACAUCUGGAUAACCCAGCCCCUACUAACAACUUGUACGCUGUGGUUGAUAUAGGAAGCAAUGGCAUUCGAUUCUCCAUAUCUGAUCUCUCACCACCCACUGGGCGUAUAAUCCCUACACUACAUACUCAGCGGGUCGGGAUAUCCCUUUAUGAUGCACAGUAUGAUUCCAAAACAGGUUCGAAAAUCCCUGUUCCUCGGUCCAUUAUCCAAUCCAUAAUCGGGGCAAUCUUGCGGUUUCAGGCAACCUGUGUACAAUUUGGUGUGCCAUCAUCUCACGUUCGCGUUGUUGCAACGGAGGCAACACGUACGGCUAUAAACUCGAAGGAGAUCGUUGAAUCAAUUGAGACGAGAACAGGUUACCAAGUUGAACUCUUGGAAAAGUCCGAGGAGGGCCUGCUUGGUGCGUUGGGGAUUGCCAGUGGUUACUCGGAUAUUGAAGGGCUGGCUAUGGACCUUGGAGGGGGCAGCACCCAACUCACAUGGGUGGUCUCUCACGGGUCUGUACUCAAUAUAAGCCCACAAGGAUCUAUUAGUUUCCCCUAUGGUGCCGGGGCUCUUUCAAGGAAGUUGGAGGAAUUGAAAAAGGGGAAAAGCAAAAAGGAAGCAAAGCAAGCUAUCGACAAACUGAAUCAAGAGAUGAAGGAUAAUUUUCUAAAUGCAUACACCAAAUUGGAAAUCCCGGAUCGUCUAGCCCACGAGGCCAAAGAAAACGGCGGCUUUCGCAUGUAUAUUUCCGGCGGAGGGUUUCGCGGAUGGGGUUAUCUGCUGCUCUACCUACACCAGACAAAGGGUCGUAACUAUCCAAUAUCGAUUAUCAACGGCUAUCGCGCCGGGAGAGACGAAUUUGCAAAGACAGAGACCUUGAAGGAGAUAGCUCGAACAGCAGACCGUAUAUUCCGCGUUUCAGACCGUCGUCGACAGCAGGUUCCCGCAGUAGCCUUUCUGAUAAACGUCCUUGCCGAAUCGCUUCCCCAUGGGAUCAAGGAGGUGUUCUUUUGUCAAGGAGGCGUCCGAGAAGGAAUUCUAUUUCAGCAGCUUCAGCCGGUCAUUCGCAGACAAGAUCCUCUGGAAGUCGCAACCACUCCAUUCAGAACGCGGUCCGCCGGCGCUAUCGGCGUUCUACUUCUUGAGGCCAUUCCACCGUCCUCUCCUGAGAACGAAUUUUCUAUUCCGAGCACACUCAAUAUUCAUAUAAUCCAAGCCUUUGCCAAUUGCAUGUAUGCACAUGCAGGCAUCUCAAAGGAACUCGCUUCGACUGCCGCACUUUACAGCACUAGUACUGGUAUAUUAGGAGCGGUGCACGGAAUUUCUCACGGGGACCGAACUCGUCUAGCUCUCAUGCUCCAAGAGCGAUAUGGAGGCCACUUACCCCCGCGAGAAGAAAAGGCCAGGGCAGCAUUUCAAGCUCUCUUGAGCGUUCAAGAAAGAUGGUGGAUACGGUAUAUCGGAAAGCUUGGGCUGGUACUAGGCAUCCUCUAUCCUACUGGAAUCAUUGAUUCUCUUUGGCCCCGUGUCUUACUAUCGGUCCGAUGGGCAUCUGACCUGGGAAAGCAUCAAAAUAAAUUCGGGAUCGAGCUUACAUUCACAGCGCAAACCACCUCUGAUCAUAUGAUGAUAAAGGAGCUCAUCGAGGGAGCCAAAAAGAAAAUAGAAAAAGUGGGAAAGAAAAAGAACAGAAUCGGCGGCAGAAAAGGAUGGGGAAUGAAAGUGAAGGUGGUUGUCGAUAUAAGUACUUGA